ACUCCAAAGUCCUCAAUCCAAAAUUCAAUUUAAAAUCCGAAAAUUUUAAAAGUAAAAUCUAGACCCAAAUCCCUAAUUCGAAAAUCUAAACCAAAAAAGUUCUCUUUCAAUUUUGGUCAAACCAUAUACAUGUCCAACCCUAAAUUGUAAAUUUUGAUGAUGCUAUUUGCACCUAAUGGACUAACCAAAGUCCAAAGUAAACAUUCGGGCUUUCUUUCAUACACACGCUUACAAUUAACAAGUACCUGACAUGACAUGUUCUCUUGCCGCUAUUUGUUUGAAGUUCUUGAGUUUCUGUCUUUGAAACUGCCCAUGUCUGAAUUUUCAAGCUAUACUCUUCUUUAAUAUUCACUUCAUUAUUAAUGUUACACUGCUAUCAAAACACCCUUUCACUUCAACAGCUAUAGAGUUGCAAUAACUUUGGCUGUUCAAGCUUUACUUUUUUCUUCAUGGGCUUUGGUUUACUACCCAAAAAAAUCUUGAUAACAUAAAUUGGGUUUCUUUAAAAGGCAGUUUUUUUUUUUUUUUUUUGGACUAAAAAGAAAAGUCCAUAUUUGUCUACUUUUCUUGAAUAUACUUUAUUUAAUUUUCUUAAUGUUAAACUGCUAUGGAAAGACCCUUUAAUUUGUAUGAUUAUUUGAGUGUUGAAGCUUUAGUUUUUUCUUCAUGGGUUUUGAGUUGUUACCCAAAAAAUCUUCUGUUGAUUUGAUAUUGAGGGGUUUACAUGAAUUGGGUUUCCAUAAAAGGCAGUUUUUUGUUAAAAAAAGAAACUUUUGCAGAAAGUAUUUUGCUGCUUCUUCAGUAGAAUUGUCAGAAGAUUCUUGUUCCAGUUCAAAUGGUGAAAGCAGUAUGGAAAAUGAAGAAGUAUUUGUUGCUCCAUAUAGUUGCAGAGAAAGAAAGUUGUUGUCAGUUGUUACAAGAAUUUGCAAGUCUUUGAGUUGGAAAGUUGCAAAAGAGUUACCUUUUAGAAGUUCUAUGAAGAAAUAUGGUUUUACUCAUUCGAUAAAUGGAUUUAGGAUGAUUAUACAUACUUUCGCGUUCGCAGGGAUGCGUAUGGAGGUCUAUGCAUUGCUUAAAGACAUUGUUUUCUACUUUCUGGAAGUUGGUUUUGACUUGUAUAAGAUAUUCCAUCUUUUUACAACAGAAUCGGUUUUCGUGGCUGAUGUACUUAUCAAAUUGUUUGCUGCAAAUAAAAUGCUUGAUUGUGCAAUUGAUGUUGUUAAACAGGCUAGGAAAAUUGGGCUUGAACCAGGUAUUUUUUCGUGUAAUUUUUUACUAAAAUGCUUGGUGGAAGCUAAUAUGAAGGAGCAUGUUCUAAAUUUAUUUGAAGAAAUACAAAGCUUUGGACCAUUGCCUAAUUUAAGGACCUACACAAUCCUGAUGAACUUUUACUGCAGUUACCAUAUAGAUAAAGAAGUAGCCCAAAAGAUUCUGGAAGCAAUGCAGAAAAGACAGAUUAGUCCUUCUGUUGUUACAUAUAGUACAUACAUUCAUGGACUUUGUAGAGUUGGGGAGACUGAUUUUGCUCUGCGCUCCGUUCGGUAUCUGAGAGAUAACAACGAGCCAUUAAAUUGUUACUGUUACAAUGCUAUUAUUCGCAGAUUUUGUGCUACAGGCGAGGUAAGUAGAGCUAUAAGCAUUUUUGACGAAAUGAAGAGUUGGGGAAUUAUACCAGAUCUCUGUAGCUAUAGCAUUCUGAUUGAUGGAUUAUGCAAAUGCCUGAAUCUUGAGAAGGCUAUAAAUUUAAUUGAGGAGAUGAAAGCUAAUAACAUAAAGCCUACCAUAGUUACAUAUACCUCACUUCUUAAUGGAUUCUGCAAAAUUGGAGCGAUGGAAAUAGCUAUUAAAACGUUUUAUGAGCUUGAGAAUUCUGGAUACAAAUUUGAUCAGCUUGCUUACAGUAUUUUAAUAAAUGGAUUUUGUGCUCAAGGAAAUCUCACUUCAGCCUAUAAGCUACUGGUGGAGAUGAUCAAUAAAAAAUUGGCUCCGGAUACUUCACAUUAUAAGCGAUUAAUUCGUUGUUUCUGCCAGAUGGACUCUUCUAAUAAAGUCGAGUAUUUAACUAUGAUGGUACAAGAAGGUUACUUGCCUGACACUAUUACCUGCGAUUUCAUGGUUAAUUGGUACUGUACUGAAGGGAGAGUGGCAGAAGCUUUGCAACUGAUUGAUAAAAUGGUAAACCAAGGGAUCACAUUAAAUAAGUAUGCCUAUAAUGCAGUGAUUAACAGACUUUGCAAAGAUAGAAAACCAGAAAAGGCCAUGGAAGUAAUUCCAAUAAUGCUUAAGAGGAACACAUUGCAUGUUGCAAGUUGGAACACUCUUAUUGAUGGUUUUGCUAAAAAGUCCGAUUCAAAGAAGGCAUAUAUGUUGCAUGAGAAAAUGCAAAAGCUUGGGAUUAAUCCUGACAUCAUCACGUGGACAAUUCUUGCUAACAUAUUAUGCAUGACAGGCCAAGUGGGAAAAGCCAAUGAACUUCUGAGAGAUAUGAUUAUGAUGGGAUUGAAUCCUGAUACUAUCUCUUACACCUCCAUGAUAGCUGGCUUUUGUAAAAAUGGAUAUGUGAAUGAGGCCUUCAAAUUGUUCAACAAAAUGCCAUGUAUGCCUUCUGUUGUUACUUACAAUUGCCUCAUUAAUGGAUGUUGCCAGGUAAAUAGCAUUGAUAAGGCUUUAAUCUUGUAUCGGAGAAUGCAGAAAGUUGGGGUUACUCCAGACAUCAUCACAUGCACAAUUCUUAUUAAUGCACUAUGCAAGAGGAGCAAAGUGAGUGAGGCUUUUGAAUUGUUCAAGGAGAUGCCAUCAAAGAUGCCCUCUGUUGUUACCUAUAGUUGCCUGAUUGAUGGAUUUUGCAAGGAAGGUCGAAUGGACAGGGCCGAAAUGCUGCUAGAUGAAAUGCGAAUACAGAAUGUCUCUCCUGAUGCCAUAACUUAUUACAUAAUGAUAUGUGGAUACAAAAGACUUGGACAAUUGGAUCUAGCUUAUGAUAUAUUUUAUGAGAUGAUAGAUGAAGGUAUCUUGCCGGAUGUUUUCUUCAAAACCCUAGGGCUUAAACAGAUUGGAUAAAAACAUGAUGUCAAAUAAAAGCUUAUUGGAGUGUUCGGAAUCUCUAUACACUUCACAGUGUGUUGGUUCAUGGUGGUGGUGUGCAUGGUGGACAUUAUUAUGCUUUCAUCAGGCCAACACUGUCAGAGCAAUGGUAUAAGUUUGAUGAUGAACGGGUGACAAAAGAAGACAUUACGAGGGCUCUAGAGGAACAAUAUGGUGGAGAGGAGGAGUGACAAGGAUAAAUAAUCUGUGAUGUCAGUGAGAAGGACAUUGCGGAACACCUUAGGAUAAGUUUGAAGAAAGAACAAGAAGAGAAGGAGGACAAGAGAAGAUACAAAGCACAAGCCCACCUUUAUACAAUCAUCAAGGUCAUUUUCAAAUGUGUUAAGUGUCCGAUAAUAAGUUCUCUCCUUGAAUAUGCUGGUAUAUACCAACAACAACAACAACCCAGUGAAAUCCCACAACGUGGGGUCUGGGGAGGGUAGAGUGUACGCAGACCUUACUCCUACCAAGGUAGGACGGCUGUUUCCGAAAGUUUUUAAGGAGGAGGUUGCAAAAGAAUAGGGUAUCCCAGCUCAGUUCCAGCGUUUUUGGAUUUGGGCAAAGCGGCAAAAUCACAUUUAUCGGCCCAAUCGCCCACUAACUUCGCAGGAGGAACUACAAACAUCUUUAUGUAGGUAUACUUAUCCAAUAGAUUGACUGCAUAGGAUCCUGAGCGUACACAAACAAUUAAAUUGAUGCCUCAUUCAUAUUUUGAUCAUCUCGGAUACUGCUCGAGUAUGUGAAUUUGAUCUUCAGUUCUGGUGCUUAAAACAUUUCAGUUUAUCCAGGCUGGUCAGUAAAGGGAAGUUUCUAACAAGACCAACAAUGCCAAGUUAAAAUUAUUCUUGGAAGUGGACUUUGGCCUGGUACCUUCCUUAACUAUCUUAUAGAUCAUAAAUUGUCAUGGAUUACUUUCCUUUAUUGACAGGUGCUUUUUUGCCUUAUACUCUACUAUACUUUAACUCGUUUAAUAUUUCAGGAUCUCAGUCCUGGUCCUCCACCUGAUAAAAGUAAAGAUGAUAUACUCCUUUUUUUUUUUUUUUUUUUUUGAGAAGAAUAUAUACUCCUUUUCUUUAAGCUUUAUGAUCCUGAGAAAGAAGAGCUGUGGUAAGUCGUUUGCUCUUAAAGGAGCCCACAUGGCAGAUAUUUUUUUUUGGCAAGGUCUAACAACAAGAUUUAUUCCCUUUUUGUAUUUCCAGUUAUGUUGGUAGGCUUUUCGUGAAGAAUACUAGUAAGCCAAUUGAAAUACUUCCAAAACUUAACGAGUUGGCUGGAUUUGCUCCUGACCAAGAAAUUGAACUUUGUGAGAUUGAAGAUGGGGAUAUUCUGUGCUUUCAGAAGAACGCUUCUCCUGAAGUUGAAGAACAAGUCCGAUUUCCAGACGUUCCUUCAUAUCUGGAGUAUGUAAAAAAUCGCCAGAUUGUACAUUUCAGAGCGCUGGAGAAACCGAAGGAGGAAGAUUUCUGUUUGGAGUU